CGAACUUGGCUAGCGUGAAGCUACAGACCAAAAGCACAUGCAGCCCACCAAAUAAACCGGACCAACUUAGCCACCCACCGGAACUCACCGCCCCCCAAAAGCUACCGCUCACAACAUGAGCAGAUUCAACCGGCGAGUCCAAAUCCCCGAUUUACAACUCCCCAAAUACGACGAUGCAGCAGAAGAAGAAGGAGAUUAUAGUGAUAAUAAUGGAGUAGCGCGACUAACCACAACAGGGAGCAAUGUGAGUGACGAUCAAGAACCAGUCACGGGUGUUAAAGUUCUAAGACAAGCUUCGCGUCAUAGAGAUAUUAAAGGGGAUUAUCUUGAUGUUCUUUCUCAUUCGUACUUGAUGAAGAUUUUUCAGAAACAAGGUGAUAAGCAGGUUCUCUUUGCUGAUAAAGUUUUGAAAUUCACUGCAUCAGGAAAGAUGAAACACCGCAUAUUGUUAAUAACUGACUUUGCCCUUUACAUUAUUGACCCGGAGACUAAUGCACUUAAACGACGAAUAGCUCUGGCAGCUGUAGAAAAGACAUGUUUGAGUGAAUUAAGUGAUAAUUUCCUUGCAAUUAUCAUUCCAACAGAGUAUGAUCUUCUCAUGGCCAGCACUCGAAAGACUGAAAUAGUUGCAGUGUUAGUUGAAGCUACCAAGAGUGCUUCUGACUUUGAACUUGAGGUGGUUUUUUCCAAUAGCUUUGAGUAUAAUGCAGAUGCUGAAUUGGUAAAGGAAAUCCAGUUCGAGGAAGUUGAAGGUGGUGUUAAAACCAGAAUCACGAGGAAAUGAGUAGCAGUCCAGUCCAGUCCACAUGUUUUCAUUUGUUUAUAGACUACACAGGACUUUCAUACUGUUCAUUGUAAAGCGGGAAGGUCAUUGCACUGGCCCAUUGCGUUGGGAGGUUCCACACAGCAUCAGGGUUGAUAUAUUGUUUUGUUGAUGUUGAUUUUUUUGUGUUUAAUCCCGGUAGUAAAAGAAUUGAAGUUUUUCUCUGCGGAACUGUUCUCGGUUGGAUGAAAUGAGGUUAUUUUAUAUGUUGAAAAGCAUAAAUUGCUUUCUCCAAGAGACAUCACCAGUUUCAGUUUGAUUCUGCAAGUUUUUUUGGGGCA